AUGCCGCCGCCAGUCGCGCCAGCCGUGCCAGCCGCGGGUCAUUCUCUGCAUGAUAUCGAGGGAGUUUGUGACUAUUGCGGGGAGCCAUGCGAUAGUACGCAGGACGAGCUGAACGCGCUCUCGUGCACGUUCGAAGGAUGCGCGAGCUCAGGCGUGUACCAUCAACACUGCAUCGAGGCGUUUUUAAAGAGCAUCCGGCUGGACAAACAACGGAAGACGGGCUUUCAAUGUCCACGUGGCAAUGGCAAAGCGACGAAGUUCGAUAAGCCGUGUCCUGGACGUAUCACCAAGUCCCACCCGAUUCAUGCUCGGAACGAAAACAGCAAGAAGCGGCGAAAGGCCAAGAUGCCCGAGCCCCCUCCAGCCCCUGUGGGAGCUGCGGGGAAGAAGGGCGGCAAAGGCAAAGACGACAAGAAGGCCGACAGUAAAUCCGGCGACGGCAAAAAGGAAGGGAAAACAGGCGACAGCAAAAAGGACGGAAAGUUAGGCGAUAGUAAAAAGGAGGGGAAAACAGGCGACGGCAGCAAGGCAAAAGGAUCAUUCUCCGUGCCCUCCUCGUCUUCCAAAACCUCCACCUCACUACCUGCCGCCCCUGCGCCAAAGCCCACGGUCGCGCUACUCGUGCGCUCGUCUCUCCCACCCGCUGCCAAGGCUGCCGCGUCCGUGGCCAAGUCCGCGUCUGGUGGGGCCGGCCCGACUUCCCCAUCAGCUACUAGCGGGGGUAUAGGCGCGUCUGGUGGGGGCAGUGGGAGUGGGGGAGUGCCGGUGAAGGUUCUGUCGAAGUCCUGGAGUGCUGCUGCUGCGGGGCUGAAGGAUGCUGCGGCAGCAGCUGUUGGUGCUGUGGGCAGCAGUAGCGGUAGUGGUGGAAACGGGCCUGCGAAUGUGUGGUCGUCGUCGCCUGGCAUCGUGUCCGGACCGUCCAAAGGGAAGGCCUCGGAGAGCAAGGCGGAGAAGAUCUCGUCCCCGAAGGACACAUCAUUGCAACAAGACGCCAUUACCGGAGGCAAGGCAUCUGACAAACCUGCAGCAGGAGGAGCAGGAGCCGAGGAGAAGAGCAGGAAAGACAAGUCCGGGAGCAAAGCGGCUAGCCAAGAAGGGGAAGGGAAGGCGGAGAAUGCUAGCGCUGCAGCCAUGGCUGGUUCGGCAGAGAUGGCUGGUGCUGCGCCGGCUGUGAGUGGUGGGCUGCGCCCGUGGAGUGAUGCGUGCCGCUUUGCCCUGGAGACGAAUCGCCGGCGAGUCUACGUGCGCCAGCUGCAAGAGCUUGGUUUCCCCCUGGGAGAGGCAGCGCAGGCAGUGCUGGUGCACGGGGGCGACCUGGGUGGCUGUCUCAACCACCUGCUCGUCUACCACGAGUGCUCCUGCCGCCCCUCCGCCCUAUCUGCUUUCACGCCCUCCCCAUUCGUCGAUAUUUCCCUCGAGUUGCAAGCUCUUUCCGAGAUCAUGGCCGCUGGAUCGCUGCCUCAGACCACUGCCUUCCCUGUUGGGCCUUCUGAUCCUGUGUUUGCGCAUCUCUCCCGGUCCGCCUCCCCCUCUCCUGCCCCUUCGCCACCCUCUCCUCUCCCUGAUUACUCCAUCGCAUCUCCCUCACUCGUCAUCCCCCUCUCUAAUACCACCCCUGGCACCUACUCUCACACCCCUAUGACCACACUCACUCCCACCACUACUACCUCCUCCUCUUCCUCCCUCCAGCACACAUCUCUUCUCUCCGAUAUUUGGUCUAGCUCAUCGCCAAACCUUCCUUCUGCUGCCCAUAAUAGUCCCGCACCUCCCCCUGGGUUCGGCCCGAGCCUCAAUGCCGCUUCUGCUCCACUCGGUAACAGUGCCAGCUUUGGUACUCUCGAGGCUCGCAGUGGGAGUCCUGCCCCGAACCUCAUCCCGGGCAGCGGAUGGAAUUAUAGCGGCCUGCCCGAGUUAAAAACUCAGCAGCGUGUUGAUCCUGUGGGAGGGUGUGAAGCUGGAAGGAAAGUUUACGUGCCUGAGAGCAUAGGCAGGUUGUGGGGGGCAUCAGGGGGAGCAGCGGUAAGCGUGGCGGCACAGGACGAUUCGCAGUGGUUGUGUGGGGUGAACAGUGACAGGAGCAGCGGCACCGCCAGUGGGCUCAGCAGCUGCAGCAACAGCAGCCACGGCUACUCGCAAUAUUCUGAAGAGGAGGGGCUUGGUGAUUCGCUGUUGCUGCUACCAGGGGAUGAGGAGGAUCUUUUCUCCCGGAUCCUCCCUGGUCUGCUGGGUUAA